AUUUUGUGACGAUAUUUUUAAAUUUCUUUGCAGGUGGAAGAAGAAAGGUGCCACUUUGGCAUGAAGAUAGACUCACUUAGACGUCAAUCUUUUAAGCUGAGUGCAUUGUGAUUUCCAAUAAUUGAGGCAGUGGUUCUAAAAGCUGUCUACAUUAAUGAAAAGAGCAAUGUGGCCAGCUUGACUAAGCCGCCAGUGUGUGCAGCGCGGGCAGGACGCCACCGGGUCUCGACGGACUUGUGCAUGUUAGCAGUAUAGAUUUAUGUAAGGUGGUUUAAAACUCUGGUGUUUUAAAAUAGUCUUAACUGCUCAUAAUAUGGAGACAUAUGAGAGUCCCUCUCCUCUCCCGCGUGAGCCCGCAGGAGAAGCGAUGAUGGAGAACCGAGCUUGCCCCUUUCAAGUGCUGCCCCAUGAACAGUCUCCACCACCUCCCCUGCAAACGUCCAGUGAUGCAGAGGUAAUGGACGUUGGCUCUGGUGGUGAUGGACAGUCCGAACCUCCUGCCGAGGACCCUUUCAACUUCUACGGAGCUUCUCUUCUCUCCAAAGGAUCCUUCUCUAAGGGCCGCCUCCUCAUAGACCCGAACUGUAGUGGCCACAGCCCGCGCACUGCCCGGCACGCACCCGCAGUCCGGAAGUUCUCCCCUGACCUUAAGUUGCUUAAGGAUGUAAAGAUUAGUGUGAGCUUUACUGAGAGCUGUAGGAGUAAGGACAGGAAGGUGCUGUACACAGGAGUAGAACGCAGCACUCGGGCUGAAUGUAGCCUGCUCCUUAGUCCUGUCAGUGGGGACGUGCAUGCUUGUCCCUUUGGCGGGAGUGUUGGUAAUGGGGUAGGCCUAGGGGGUGAGAGUGCAGAUAAGAAGGAUGAGGAAAAUGAGCUGGAUCAGGAAAAGAGAGUGGAGUACGCAGUGCUCGAUGAGUUAGAAGAUUUUACUGACAAUUUGGAGCUAGAUGAAGAAGGAACAGGCGGGUUCACGGCUAAAGCAAUCGUUCAAAGAGACAGAGUGGAUGAAGAGGCCUUGAAUUUCUCCUAUGAGGAUGACUUUGACAAUGAUGUGGAUGCUUUGCUAGAAGAAGGUCUUUGUGCUCCCAAAAAGAGACGGAUGGAGGAAAAAUAUGGCGGAGACAGUGAUCAUCCAUCUGAUGGAGAGACAAGUGUGCAGCCAAUGAUGACCAAGAUUAAAACAGUACUCAAGAGUCGUGGCCGUCCACCUACAGAACCACUGCCUGAUGGAUGGAUCAUGACUUUUCAUAACUCUGGAGUUCCUGUAUACCUGCACAGAGAGUCUCGAGUGGUCACCUGGUCCAGACCCUACUUCUUGGGAACGGGAAGCAUACGGAAACAUGAUCCUCCUCUAAGCAGUAUCCCCUGUCUACAUUAUAAGAAAAUGAAGGAUAAUGAGGAACGGGAGCAAAACUGUGAUCUCACACCCAGUGGGGAGGUGUCACCUGCCAAGCCCCUGGGUCGAUCUGCAGAGUUGGAUUUCCCUUUGGAAGAGCCUGACUCCAUGGGUGGAGACUUGGGGUCCCAGGAUGAGAAGGACCCACUGGGGGCUGAGGCAGCCCCUGGAGCCUUGGGACAAGUGAAAGCUAAAGUUGAGGUUUGCAAAGAUGAAUCGGUUGAUCUAGAGGAAUUUCGUUCCUACCUGGAGAAGCGUUUUGACUUUGAGCAAGUAACUGUGAAAAAAUUUAGGACUUGGGCUGAGCGCCGCCAGUUCAACCGUGAGAUGAAGCGGAAGCAGGCAGAGUCAGAGAGACCUAUUCUGCCAGCCAACCAGAAGCUAAUCACUUUAUCUGUGCAAGAUGCACCUACAAAGAAAGAGUUUGUCAUCAAUCCCAAUGGGAAAUCCGAGGUCUGCAUCCUGCACGAAUACAUGCAACGUGUCCUUAAGGUCCGCCCUGUUUAUAAUUUCUUUGAAUGUGAGAAUCCAAGUGAGCCUUUUGGUGCCUCGGUGACCAUUGAUGGUGUGACUUACGGAUCUGGAACUGCAAGCAGCAAAAAACUUGCGAAGAAUAAAGCUGCCCGAGCCACACUGGAAAUUCUCAUCCCAGACUUUGUUAAACAGACCUCUGAGGAGAAGCCCAAAGACAGUGAGGAACUGGAGUAUUUUAACCACAUCAGUAUUGAGGAUUCACGAGUCUACGAACUGACCAGCAAGGCCGGGCUAUUGUCUCCGUAUCAGAUCCUCCAUGAGUGCCUUAAAAGAAACCAUGGAAUGGGUGACACAUCAAUCAAGUUUGAAGUGGUUCCUGGGAAAAACCAGAAGAGCGAAUAUGUCAUGGCGUGCGGCAAACACACAGUGCGCGGGUGGUGUAAGAAUAAACGAGUUGGGAAACAAUUAGCCUCUCAGAAAAUCCUUCAGCUGCUGCACCCACAUGUCAAGAAUUGGGGGUCCUUACUACGCAUGUAUGGCCGUGAGAGCAGCAAAAUGGUGAAGCAGGAGACCUCUGACAAGAGUGUGAUAGAGCUACAGCAGUAUGCCAAGAAGAACAGGCCCAACCUUCACAUCCUGAGCAAGCUGCAAGAGGAAAUGAAGAGGCUGGCUGCAGAGCGGAUUGCCAGGGAAACUGCAGCACAUGGGAGUCUACCCUGGCAUUCUGAGGAGACCCUCCUGGCCUGGUCCAACCCAGCCCGCUCCCUGUACCUUCCCUCCUAGCCAGGAGGAGACUCGGAAGAAGCCCAAGAUGUCAAUUGUAGCAUCUGCCCAGCCUGGUGGUGAGCCCUUGUGCACAGUGGAUGUAUGAGGUAGGCGGCAUGGGCCAACAGUGCUUCCCAGGCGACCAUCAGCAACAGAUCACUGCAGCACCAGGCCUCCAACCUAAGUUCCCUUCCUGUGGCAAUGUCUGGGCUUUGCUCUGACGUGCGGGGACAGCUGUGACCCUACAGCACACGUACGAAGAAGCAGUUCUUCUGGAAGCUGCUCUCAAUGUGACUUGAUAUAUUUAAGGAUCAGCUAUAAGUAACUGCACAAGUGGAAGCUGAUAGGCAGCUGUAGAUCCUGCUUGUACGUAUCUGCUGCAGACUGUUUUUAUGAAGGUUUCCAUGAAUUUUAGUACACUAUAUGCACUGACAAGAACUGAUACUUGGUUGAUAGAUGAGACGACCAGGUUUUAUAGUUUUGGCUGGCCUAUGAUGCCAUGGUAGUCCUUCUGCUCAUAGUUCCUUCUUUUGGUGGAGUCACUGAGACCUGGUCAGAAGGUACAGGUAUCCUGUACUGUAGUAUUACCUGCUUUGUGUGUUUGCCAUUUUCCUCUGAAAAAGUUAUAACAGAAAGGGUUAUUUCAGGCUAUUUUGGCUUAAAAUAAAACAAUUUUAGCACCAGAACACAGAGAUUGCACAGUGAAGAUAUUGAACUGGUUGGCUCUUGGGUUGCAGUCUACUUUUUUUGAUGAUGUCUUAAUGUCCUAAAAGCUGUCUUCUGAUACCCAAGCUCUCCCACCUUCGAUAAACUCUAGCAAGUUUUUUACAUAGAUUUUUGCACAAUCAAGUCCAUCUGUUCAUCAAUUUUUAAAGCCUUUGAGAAUUUGGAAGGAAACUUUUACAGUGAGAUUAAAAGACUGGUUUCAACAGAUGGACUUAUAUAAAGAAAACAGGGCUGUCAGUGUAGCCCAUCACUGACCAAGAGCUGGCACUGCAAUAAGUAGUUUUGGCUUCUCUGGAUUCAAAGGUGGCUACUCUGUGCAGCCAGGCCUGAUGCCAGUUUUAGUCUUUGUCUACCCAUGCUCUCUGGAUAGCCAUGAAGAUGGGUAUUGAGUAGAGGCAUAUUGAGAGCCCUGUACCUGAAUAUCUAUGGAUGGUGUGUGUUGUCACAAAGAUGGGAUAACAGCUAUCCCAAUACUAUAUUUCUCCCAUUACCUGUGUGCAGCAGUUAACUUCUGUGUUAAUCUAGGCAAAAAGAAUCCUCCAAAUCAAGUUGCUAGAGUUGAACACUUGAUUUCUUCUUUCUUGCCUCUCAUUCAUAGUUGUGAUCAGCCUUUUGACUGACCAUUAUUUGCUAUCGAGAAAGCCUUGAGCAUAUGGGCAUGGUGAUCUCUCUAUAGUCGUCCCAUUUGCCCAGGCAAUGUCAACAACAGGUGCUGCCAUACACUCCUGGUCUCCAGUGCCCUCCCCAUCUCUCACAGACAGGUGAAUUUUUAAAGUACAGCAGUCAUGCUACAAUGCUGGGAGCCUGUGCAGAUGCUAAUGGUAUGAACACAUAAAACUGUCCACAAGGGAA